AUGGUUAGGGGAAAGAAACUGUAUGAUAACCUUAUAAGGUUCCAACGAGUGGUUGGAGAGGCUUUCUCUAAAGGGGUGAAUAAGAAGGCAGAUAAGGGUAUUGGUGAAAAGGAAAAUCGUAGGAAGUAUGGUGUUCCAAAUGAAACCAAGGAUUUUCAUAAUAGGGAGUCGUUUGUGAAUGUCAAAUCUUACACGGAGUCAACUCGUAAAGCAUCAGAAUUGCUUCAUAAGGAAGGCUAUUUUGCUUUGAAAGUUACGCCAUUGGGGGAAAAUCUUUGCCUACUUGAAGAAGACGAAGAGGGUGAAUUGGAAGCUUUGGUUGAGGGAGCUUUUGGAUGGCUAAGUCAAUGGUUUUCUGAAGUGAGAAAGUGGAGGGCGAAAGAUGUUGAUAUCGAAAGGUUAACUUAG